AAUUUGUACACCAACAUCACGGAUCCGCUCCUCUCACCACAACCAACGUGCAGUACGCAGUUGAGCGCAACCCAUGAUCAGCACGAUGUUGUCGCGAAACGCCACCUCACCCGCGCUCACGUCAAUUGCGUCGCGAGUUCUGCCAGGAGCAGCCUCUGCGGGGGCUCGUCUUGGUGGUCCGGGUGCGUCCGCAGCACAGCAACAAACAAGAGGAUUGGCAACUGUCCAGGAUGCUCCAGCACCGAAGAGGAUAUAUGGAGGUUUGAGAGAUCAGGACCGCAUCUUCCAGAACUUGUACAGCCACCACGGCCCAGAUCUCGCCAGCGCGAAGAAGUACGGUGAUUGGCACAAGACGAAGGAGAUCUUGGAUAAAGGUCAUGACUGGAUUAUUUCCGAGGUCAAGGCUUCUGGUCUUAGAGGACGUGGCGGUGCCGGCUUCCCGUCAGGGUUGAAAUGGUCGUUCAUGAACUUCAAGGGAUGGGAGAACGACAACAAGCCACGUUAUCUGGUUGUCAAUGCAGAUGAGGGCGAGCCUGGAACCUGCAAGGACAGAGAAAUUAUGCGAAAAGACCCACACAAGCUCCUCGAGGGAUGUUUAGUUGCUGGCCGCGCCAUGAACUGCUCCGCCGCCUACAUCUACAUCCGCGGCGAGUUCAUUCACGAAGCUGCUGUUUUGCAGAAUGCUAUCCAGGAGGCCUACAAGGAUGGACUGAUUGGCAAGAACGCUUGCAACAGUGGAUACGACUUCGAUAUCUACUUGCACCGCGGAAUGGGCGCCUACGUUUGUGGAGAGGAGACUUCUCUUAUCGAGUCCCUCGAGGGCAAGCCAGGAAAGCCUCGUCUAAAGCCCCCGUUCCCAGCAUCCGUCGGACUUUUCGGAUGCCCAUCCACUGUCGCCAACGUCGAGACUAUUGCCGUCGCACCUACGAUCUGCAGAAGAGGAGGUGAUUGGUUCGCCGGAUUCGGCAGAGAGCGCAACGCUGGCACCAAGCUUUUCUGUAUCUCUGGUCAUGUCAACAACCCUUGCACAGUCGAGGAGGAGAUGUCCAUCCCUCUGCGCGAGCUGAUUGACAAGCACUGUGGCGGUGUUCGUGGCGGUUGGGAUAACCUCAAGGCCGUUAUUCCCGGUGGCUCAUCCACACCCAUCCUGCCAAAAUCCAUCUGUGACGACCAAAUAAUGGACUUCGAUGGCCUGAAGGACAGCCAAUCUGGUCUCGGUACCGCAGCAGUCAUUGUUAUGGAUAAGAGCACCGAUGUUGUCCGUGCCAUCUCCAGACUCUCGCACUUCUACCGCCACGAGUCCUGUGGCCAGUGCACCCCCUGCCGUGAGGGCAGCAAAUGGACCGAGCAGAUCAUGCAGCGCUUCGAGAAGGGACAAGGAAGAGAGCGUGAGAUUGACAUGCUUCAGGAGCUUACCAAGCAAGUCGAGGGCCACACCAUCUGCGCUCUUGGAGAGGCGUUCGCUUGGCCCAUCCAGGGUCUCAUUCGUCACUUCCGCCCCGAGCUAGAGGCACGCAUGCAAAAGUUCGCGGAAGAGAACGGUGGUGCCGCCUUGGCUGGUGGAUGGCAACACGACUCGAAGGCUCAGGGCAAGUUGGUGGCACCCGGCCAGUAAGAAGUGGCGCGGGGUAGUUGUAUAUAUGGACUCUCAUUGCUAUUGUAUAGAGUUCAAUUUGGCGUUUCUUUGCAUUAUGGUUGUAGAGUUGAGUCAGUUUAGUGGGGUACAGAUAAAACUAUUAAAAUCAUAUAUCGAUUUGCAUCAUUGCUUGCGCCGUG